AAAAAAACAAACGUACGCUAUUACUCUCAAUUCACUCACCAGAAUCUUAGACCUAAUUUGUUUUUUUCUUUUUAGUAUAUUGAACAAUGUCACCGAAAGGUCCAGGUCUCUUCUCCGGCUUCGGUCAUAAAGCACGAGAUAUCUUGUAUAAGGAUUACAGUACCGAACACAAGGUCUCGGUGUCUACCGAUACUUCUAACGGAGUGGGACUUACCUCCACUGUGUUGAAGAAGAAUGGACUUUCUGGAGGUGAAGUUACAUGUCGUUACAAGCACAAGAAUGCUACUCUCGAUACUAAAGUUGAUAUGGACUCAAGAAUUGCAUCAACCAUGACCGUGGUUGACAUCUUACCAUCCACAAGGGCAAUUGCCACUCUGAAAUUUCCUGAAUAUGAUGCUGGCAAGGUUGAGGCUCAAUAUCUCCACGAGCAUGCUAGUUUUACGGCAUCUUGCGACCUGAACAAGUCUCCCAGCGUCAAUGUUUCUGCAACAAUUGGAACCCCUCUCAUUGCAUUUGGUACCGAAGCAAGUUACGCGACACGUUCUCAAGUACUUACAAAGUACAAUGCUGGAGUUAGGCUCACAAAACCAAACUAUGGUGUUUCAGCCAUUCUGGCUGACAAAGGAGAUACUAUUAAGGCUUCCUGCUUUUGCCAUCCUGAUCAGCUAAAGAGAGGAACUAUCGCGGGAGAGAUGUCGCGGAAGCUGUCUUCCAAGGAGAAUACGCUGACAAUGGGGGGAUCAUAUGCACUUGAUUCUCAGACAUUGGUCAAGGCAACGCUUAACAACCAUGGACAUCUUGGUGCCUUGGUUCAGCAUGAGUUGAGUCCCAAGUCUUUCCUGAUAAUAUCUGGAUCAUUCGACGCUUUGGCGAUGGACAAAACCCCUAGGCUUGGUAUGGCUGUGUCUCUUAGGCCUUGAAAGAUAUUCUAAAUACCAACGGAUUUAUCUGAUUAUUAUAAUUUAUAGAGGGAUAUGAUUACUCUUGCUAGUCUCUUUUAGCUGCGCUCAGCUGGAUAGUUUUUGGUCU